AUGGCUCCAUCCAAUCAGCUCGCGCCAGACGCGCUGCCUCCUGGCUUCGCAACAGUCCAACAAAUAGUUGAAGGAGAUCAUAAAACUGGAGUUUUCAUUAAUUCCAUGGGUGUUGUCAUCGACGUUCAGGAACCAAGGGCUACAAAAGGAUCAGACUGGAAGAGCACCAUGCGAAUCUACGACAAGUCGGUGGAAGACAACGACGAGAGUUCUCUGACCAUCAACAUUUUUCUCCCUCAAAAAGAUAUGCCAAAGCCAGCCCGUGGCGAUUUCGUGGUGUUGCUGAGACUCAAAAUCCAGAAACGGGGUUUUGGUGAUAUCUCUCUUCUGACUCAUCGUGAGUCUGGAAUAUACCUCUUCACAGGAAGUAAAAUUCCCCGGCCCCCCGCGGAUGCCUCUGUGGCUUUCAGUCCCUCCACCUCGAGGGUGAAAAGGCCCCUCAACAAAGUUGAGCUUGCACAUAUCCCAUUUAGCUACCAUGGACUUGACAAAACACGAAUUCCAACCGAAUUCGAAUUUGAGACGCGGGUGAUUCAGUCUCGCAACUUCAAGGAAAAGUUUAGUGAGCUGAAGGACCUCAAGGACGGCAUGUUUUAUGACAUAUUGGUCUAUAUUGUCAGGACCUAUGAUUCCGGGGACAAAAUGUCUCUGUGGGUUUCUGACUUUACGGAGAACCAAGCCUUUUACCACCAUGAAUACAAAGGCCCCAAGACGGCUGGGGUACAGGAAGGAGACCGCUAUGGCUACCAGACGAAAUUCAGCAAGGAUCUCCCCGCAACCUCCUCUUGGGAAGGCCCGUUUGGGAAGCGCAGCAUGCAAGUCACAUGUUACGAUUCUCAUGCAGAAGCAAUCCGAACUGGAUCAGAAGCUGGCAAAGGCCAUUGGGUCAUGCUGAAGAACGUGCAAAUAAAAUAUGGCCAGAAUGGUGCCAACUUAGAGGGGUAUCUACGAGGCGAUCGACAGUUUGGAGAAUCGAAAGUGAAUAUGAUUCCCUUGGAUUUUCGUGAAGACCCUGAGACCAUGGAUCCUCGACUAUAUCGAGCUCUCGAGCGAAAACGCGCAUACGAACGGAGUCUCAAGGCCCAGAAGAAGCAAAUUGACGACGCUGCUGCUGCUGGUCAGAAACGGAAGUCAGAUGCUCUCUCAGGAGAGAAACCUGUAAUGAAUGCCAAACUCUCACGAAAGGAGAAGAGAGCUAGGCAAAGGAGCGCUCAAAAUGCUCAGAAUGCCCAGAACAUUCAACAAUCAAACACUCCCGUUUCUACACAGAAGAUGAAUGCACAGGUCAAAUGCGAAAACCAUACCAAGCCUACUAGUUGCCUAUCAGAUAUUCUCACUAAGAUGUCAGCUGAUCUGGAUAUUGAUGGCGAGGAAGUGAAGCUGCCAAUGCCAUUCACAAACAUGAACUAUCGCGUCAACGUCCGCGUCACCAACUUCUCUCCCCCCGACAUACUACAAUUCGCCGUCCCCAAGAAGACUUCUGAAUACGACGUCUUGGAAGACGAUGGGGACUCGGACUCCAGUUCAGGCAUGGACGACGAAGACAUGGCAAACGGCUCGAUGAGCUGGGAAUGGCGGUUCGCGCUUGAACUAGAAGAUUCCACACCCGACAUCAAGCAGAGAGAACGGGUCUGGGUCGUCGUGGACAACCAGUCAGCGCAGUGCCUAGUCAAUAUCGACGCCACCGAUCUGAGGCGCGAUGUCGAGACUCUGGAUCUGCUGCGCCAGCGCAUGUUUCUCCUCUGGGGCAACCUGGAGGAGAACAAGCUCGAACAGCGUCAAGCGGCCAAGAAGGCGAAUCAAUUCCGCACGGGAGACCCCCCUCCGCCAGACAGCUCGGACAACGAGGGCGAUGGGAACAACAUGGACAAUGCUGAUGUUGACAGCAAAGUGUCCAACCUGCCCUUCAACUGUUGCAUUCGCCAGUAUGGCAUAAAGGUUCGGGAGUCAGACCCGACCAAGGCAGAUGCGGGAAAUAACAAACGCUGGGAGAGGGUAUACGGGCUUUUCGGGACUAAAAUUGUAGAGGAUUAA